AUGGUAUCCACACGUAGCCGCACAUCUGGCUCUUCAUCUGCCAUGGAGCUUCCACAGAAGCGUGGGGCUGCCACGGAUGCCUCCAAGCGACCGACCAAGAAGGCAACGACGCCCCAGGUCGUCAGUGACCUGACAGUCGGCGAACUCGUGACCAAGGAUGUGACGCUAAUGAACCAGGAGGGAAAAGAGGUCGUACUGGCCGACACAUUCCGCGAGCAGGGCGUCGUCUUUUUCAUGUACCCACGUGCCAACACGCCCGGCUGUACCAAACAGGCUUGUGGCUUUCGGGACAACAUUACGACCAUCAAGGACGCGGGAUUUGCAGUCUAUGGCUUGAGUGGUGACUCUUCCAAUGUCCUGAGCAACUGGAAGUCGAAGCAGAGUCUACCCUUUGACCUGCUGAGUGACCCUGAACACAAACUCAUCUCGUACUUUGGUAGCUCUCUGGCGGGCAAAAAGGUGCAACGCUCGCACGUUGUCAUUCUCAAGGGUGGUGUCGUGGGAGACGUUGCUGCCAAAGUGUCCCCUGCGGAUAGUGUCAGCCGUGCCGUCAAGUUCGUUCAGACAAACAGUGAUAAAGCUACGACGGAGGAGGAAUCAGCUAAGGAAGAUGAGCCAGUAAAGCAAGAUGAGCCGACCAAGGAAGUGGAGUUAAAGGAUACGAAUAAGUUUGCCGAGGACAACAUUAUUACGUUUGACGUGGAGUUGCAGAAUGAUGCUUCCACGACGAUCAAGAUCCAAGACCUGUUCAAGACGCGUGGCGCCAUAUUUUUCAUGUACCCGAAGGCGGACACGCCAGGCUGCACUACCCAGGCGUGCGGCUUCAAUGACAACCUGACGACGUUCAAUACUGCUGGUUUUGAUGUAUACGGACUGGGUGCCGACACCCCGGCCGAGCUUCUGACGUGGAAGGAGUCGCAAAAGUACAAGUACACGUUCCUGUCAGACCCGAACCACCAGCUGAUCGGCUACUUUGGCAGCUCCAUCAAGGACGGCACGCGCGUGGACCGCUCGCACGUAAUUGUGCUCCCGGGUGGCAAGGUCGGCCAGAUAGAUUACAACAUUUCGCCGCAGGACAGUGUGAACAAGAGUCUGGAGUUCGUCAAGAACCACGCCAUCGACGGAUCCAGCAAGUUGUAA